CUAUAAGACCCCCCAACCUCAUCUGGUUUCUCAGAGCCUCCAAUCUGUUUUCUCCAAGCGCACACACACACACUCACACACACGCACACGAACACAGAGGCAUGAUAUGGUCCAGGGUGCUCGGCUGCGCAGAUUUCACUUAGAGGGGUCGAGGAGCAAUUGUCAAGACAUGGACUUUAGCCAACAGAGGCACUGAAAACCGCUUGACUGGUUGGACUGGAUGCUCAUUAACUUCAGCUGACCUUGGAAAACUGAAAGGAGGGAAGUCAAACUGUGUGACGCAAGGGUACAUCCAGUUCCAUAAUGGCGAUCCCAAAUGACCUCUCCAUUUUCAACACCUCCGCCCCUCAUUUAACUACAGAGAUCUAUUCAAACAUCUCUUUUACCCCCUCUGCCCAACCCUGCGCAGACUGGCCUCCUGUACCCAUGACCACAGUCAUCCCCACCAUCUACAGCAUUAUCUGCGUGCUGGGAACUGUAGUCAACGCCCUGGCGGUGUCUGUGUUGGCCCACGCCGGUACCUCAAGGAGAACUGUUGCCAACACUUUCAUGCUGAACCUGUGUGUGUCUGACCUGCUGUUCUUGCUGUCACUCCCGCUGUGGGCUGUCUACUACUCCCGGGGCUACAGCUGGCCCUUUGGCCGGGUGGCCUGCAAAAUCUGUGGGUUGCUCCACAACCUCAACCUCUAUGCAUCUAUCUUCUUUAUCACAUCCAUGAGCAUGGACCGCUACCUGGCCAUCGUGCAUCCGCUCCGCUCCCAGAGUGCACGAGACCCCAAACGUGCCCGGCUCACGUGCAUCCUGGUGUGGGUUCUGGCAUGUGCUUGCUCAGCCCCCACCUUUGCUUUGAGGGACACACACCACCUCAAGUGGCUUGAUGUGGAGGCCUGUGUGAUUUUAUAUCCUGACCAUACAUGGUAUAUGACCCUGAUCUGGAUGAAGAUUGUUCUGGCCUUCCUCCUGCCGCUGCUGAUCAUCUCUUGUUGCUACUGUGCUAUUGGCAGACAUUUGUUGGCUGACACGGGGCUGGUAAGAAUGCAAAAUCCGUCGCACCCCUCCAGCAUGCCCUCUUUUAAAUCGGUGGAGUCCCAGGAGAGCUGCGGUAAACCAGAGAGACCUCCGACCCCCUGUGUGAGCCCCAGCUACAGCGGGGGCAGACCCCUGGAGGGCAGGGGGCUGGAGCGGGUUUUGUGGACUGUAGCCGCUGUGGUCCUGGCCUUCUUCCUCAGCUGGUUUCCCUUUCACUGCGUGACCUUCAUAGAUAUGUUGAAGAGCGAGGGCUGGUUAGACAGCUGCUGGGUAAACUGGACUAUCCACAACCUGACCCCGCUCACCCUCUGCUUGGGCUUCUCCAACUCAGCUAUCAACCCUGUGCUCUAUUGCUUCAUUGGAAACCAUUUCCGGGGCCGUCUCGGCAGCCUCUGCAAGGGCCUGUGUGCUUGUUUGAAGGCGCGUGGGGAAGACCACAGCCAGAAGAGGGGCUCCUUCAGCACCAGACUGAGCUCCUUCUCCAGAAAACUCAGUGACCUGAAAGACCUUGCGAUUCUGGAGCCCAGUGGUCCUGCUUAGCCAGCUCCCAGAGAGGACACUUUCCUUUCCCUCCACUGGCUUCACACCCUAAAGAACGAAUGUCAAAUGACUGCUGAACUUGGGAUGUGUGAGAGAGAGCUGGUACUAUAAAAUUCUAUAAAGCUAUAAAACUAUAAAAUUCCAGCAGAGCUCAACUCUGCCCUACAGAGCUAGAAAAAGUAACUACAGAAAAGAUGGAGAUGAGAAAAAAAUGGGUUGAAAGUUUUGAGGCUGGUGAAAACAAUGUGACAAUGUGAAAGGGGUCACUUGUAGUGAUGAAUUAUUCAAGACAUCUGCAGCUCUACGCAGCUUCACUGGGCUUUAUAGUGAAUUUCAGCUCAGUGUUUAGCCGUCCCACCCCCAGCUUUCCUGUUGUGGUUCAUUCUCAUCGCUCUCAUGGUGUUGUUUUCUGCAACAGCAGGCAGCUGCUUGACUUAUUUUCAUUCAAAAAAAAAAAAAGAAAGCACUAAAAAUCCACUGUACACUAUGUGCAGACAAACAGUUAAUGACUGGUGGACAUAGUGGAGCAUUUAGUAGCUAAAGAUCUUUCCCUAAGGAGUUGGUAGAGACCAAAAACAGAAAAACAGAGAGCGCAUAUUGGACCCACAUUCAUCACAUGGACAGAGACGUGACUCCACAUGAAUCAUUAUGUUGCUCUGUAAAUGCUGGAUGUGUAAAUACACAACUGUUUGCUAACAAGUUCUCCAUAUCAACUUAUGUUAAAAUGUGAUGAUGUGUCAUGUGUCAGUGUAAAUAAAUCAGUUAUUAAAAGGUUUAAAGGUACAGAAAAGAGCCUUCAAACCUGUAGGGAGUCCAGCUGAGAUGACACUUACAACUACUCUGCUAAGCUAAUGUUAGGCUCGUUAGCUUUUAGCAGGACUAGUUUAGCUGCUGCUACCGUUUCUGUUUCUUCAUCAUAGUAAGAUUUAGCUGCUGCCUCAUUCAUGUGGGAUUAUUUCUGUAAACUAUUGGAUGAUCACAAUUGACAAAGAGUACAGGAAAGAGACGGUAAAGUUAGCAUUUGGUUUGUGGCUAUCUCACCAGAUAACUUAGCUUAAGCUUUUUUUUUGCAGUCUUGCUAAAUAUACAUGCAGUUUUCUCUAAAAGUAUACUUUUUUGUAACAUAAUAAGGUUUUAUAUCGGAAAACAAAUAUGAAAAAAUCUUAUUUUGCUCUUAAUUCAAUUUUGACUAAAUGUGUAGUUACCCUGUUUUGGCUUUGUAAGGCAGAGCAGGCCAAAAGAGAUUGAAAUAAAGCUAUAUAAGGAUAAUUAUUAACCAGUCGUAACAAUGCUAUUUUUACUUUUCUUUUUGGGAAGAUAUUAUAUGUGUAAUCAUGUAACUUGUACCAUUUAUUUUGUAUUAUUCUCUAAAGAUAGUUUAGAAAUAAAAAAUCACUGCAUUUCUUUGACUGAAGAAGAAAUAAAAAAAAAUGCAGUUUCA